AUGGAGUCACGAACAGCGCCUCGGGUCAAGAAUAAGGCCGCAGCGCCUGUUCAGAUCUCGGCCGAACAGCUGCUGCGUGAGGCUGUUGACAGACAAGAACCCGGACUGCAGGCGCCAACGCAACGGUUCGCUGAUCUCGAAGAACUUCAUGAGUUUCAAGGGCGGAAACGCAAAGAAUUUGAGGAUUAUGUCCGCCGGAACAGGGUGAACAUGAACAAUUGGAUGCGCUAUGCACAGUGGGAGCUGGAACAAAAAGAAUACCGUCGGGCCCGGUCGAUCUUUGAGAGAGCGCUUGAUGUCGACAGCACCAGUGUCGUGCUGUGGAUCCGUUAUGUCGAGGCCGAGAUGAAGACGAGAAACAUCAAUCAUGCUCGCAAUCUUCUAGAUCGAGCCGUCACCAUCCUUCCCCGAGUGGAUAAGCUCUGGUACAAAUAUGUCUAUAUGGAGGAGACUCUAGGCAAUAUUCCCGGCACGCGUCAAGUCUUCGAACGUUGGAUGAGUUGGGAGCCUGAUGAGAUUGCUUGGUUGGCAUAUAUCAAGUUGGAGAAGCGGUAUGGCGAGUACGACCGGGCACGAGCGAUCUUCGAGCGCUUUACCAUAGUGCACCCCGAACCGCGCAAUUGGAUUAGAUGGACCAAGUUCGAGGAAGAGAAUGGGACGAGCUCGCACGUGCGAGAGGUUUUCGGGCUCGCCAUCGAAGCUCUUGGGGAUGACUUUAUGGACGAGAAGCUUUUCAUCGCCUAUGCUAGGUAUGAGGCCAAGCUGAAAGAGUACGAGAGGGCUCGUGCCAUCUACAAGUACGCUCUUGACAGGCUGCCCCGAUCGCGGUCAGCAGCACUCCACAAGUCCUACACCACCUUCGAGAAGCAGUUUGGUAACCGUGAAGGCGUUGAAGAUGUCAUUCUGGCCAAGCGUCGCGUACAGUACGAAGAGGAGUUAAAGAACGAUGCACGCAACUAUGACAUCUGGUUCGAUCUGGCCCGGCUUGAAGAGACUGGGGGUGAUGUUGAACGCAUCCGAGAUGUGUACGAACGCGCCAUUGCACAAGUACCGACGUCGCAGAUGAAGCGGGACUGGAGGCGGUACAUUUACCUUUGGAUUUUCUACGCCAUUUGGGAGGAAAUUGCCAACAAGGACACGGAGCGAGCACGUCAGAUCUACCAGGAGUGUUUGAAGCUGAUACCGCACAAGAAGUGGACAUUCGCCAAAGUAUGGCUGAUGAAGGCCCAAUUCGAGAUCCGGCAAAAUCAACUGCAAGCUGCACGCAGAACAUUGGGACAGGCGAUUGGCAUGUGUCCGAAAGACAAGCUCUUUCGCGGCUACAUCGAACUGGAAAAGCAGCUGUUUGAAUUCUUGCGCUGUCGCACGCUCUUCGAGAAACAGAUUGAAUGGAAUUCGUCCAACAGUCAGGCAUGGAUUCAGUUUGCCGAGCUCGAACGCGGCCUUGACGAUGUCGAGCGAGCACGCGCCAUCUUCGAACUCGGCAUCGACCAAGCGACUCUGGAUAUGCCAGAGCUGGUGUGGAAGGCGUACAUCGACUUUGAGGAAGAGGAGGAAGAGUACGACCGUGCCAGGGCCUUGUACGAGCGACUUCUCACCAAGACCGACCACGUAAAGGUGUGGAUUAAUUAUGCGCGCUUCGAAAUCAAUGUUCCAGAUGCUGACGACGAUGGAACGGACGAGAACCGACCUGUCAGCGACGAGGCAAAAGCGAGAGCGCGCAAAGUGUUCCAACGCGCGCACGACUCUUUCAAGGAGAAAGAUCUCAAGGAAGAACGGGUGGAUCUCCUCAAUGCAUGGAAGUCUUUCGAACAGACGCAUGGCAGUGACGAGGAUGUGGACAAGAUUGAGAAGCAGAUGCCACGCAAGGAGAGAAAGCGCAGGAAGAUCGAAGAAGACCGGUUUGAAGAGUACAUCGACUACAUCUUCCCAGCAGACGACAAGGCGAGCGCGAAUCUGUCCAAGCUAUUGCAGAAGGCGCACGCAUGGAAGCAGCAGCAGCAGACAACGAAUGGGACGAAUGGCAGCAUAGAUUAA